AGAGACAUCCUGCAGCCAGACUCCAAUUUCCCUGGGACUUCCAUUUGUUCCCCCCAAGGAUGAGCACCAGCAGCUUGAACCUCGAUGCCGAUCACUCGUCUUUACCCAGCUUCCCAAGAGCAGAUGCAGCCCAUGUAAGCAGACGUAUUGACGCCAAUAGCAAUGCAGCUUUUCGCACUCACUCCCCGACUAUACCUACUUUGGGAGGUGACUCUGAGGCACAAGAGCAGUUUAACCUAUACAGAAGAAACAUGGACAUCAUGGAUGAUUUAUCUUCAACUCGGAAUGCUGGAAGGAGCAGAAGCAGAAGAGACCUAUUAAAGAGCGCCUAUGACCCUCUACUUCUGGAUAUUCCUGUCACUCGAGAGCAAGUAAAUCACUACCGAACAAUUGCAGAAAAUGCUCAUAGUGAACUGGCAGCCCUGCAAGUGAAAUUUGAGACUGCACAGUCAGAGUUGUUCGAUCUCAGGAGCAGGCUGUCCUCCAGAGACGUUUCCCUUCAGGAGCUAAAGUCUGAAGUAGAAAAUUACAAGGAAAACAAUGCAAGACAGGCCUCAAUAAUUACCUCUCUACGAGGCAGGAUGCAGGAAUCAGAAGAACAAUCAGGGUUGCUUGCCACUUCCAAGACAAGAGCAGAUUUGGCCAUGCAGGCAACUCUGCAGGAGAAUCAAGACCUCAAGGAAAAAAUCCAAGAUUUGGAAUCUAGGAUAAAGACUUAUCUGACUCAGUGGGAGGAUAGCAAGAGCCAAGUAUCACGGUACAGUAGAAGCCAUGGACAUUUUUUGGCCGAACUCUCUGCUUGUCUGGAUUUUGACAUUAAAGGAAAAGAUGACUCAGAAGAACUGCUGAUUUCAAAGGUUGUAGGACUUUGUAAAGAUAAUGCUGAAUUAAAAGGCCGUGUGGCAACUCUGGAGGAAACUAAUAAUGUCCAUGAUGCAGAAUCCAGAGCCAGCAGAGAAACUAUCAUGAGGCUUGUUAAAGAAGUUAGCAGAGAACAAAAAAAAGUUUCAUCGCUUACUCAGCAAAUGGAUGUUCUUCACAAGGAUCUCGAAAGUGCCACAGAUGCCAAACACAGUCUUGAGAGGGAAAUAAAAUUACUGCAAGACAGGUUAAAUGCUUCCCAAAGGGCUUUUGAAGCCAGCAAACAAGAGCUAAACCAGGCUAAGAAAAGUUCAGCUGAGCUCGAUAUAACGUUGAAAAGCAGAGCUGGGGAAGCCAAGGCAGCUCACAGUCUGUUUGAGUCGUUCAAAGAAGAAGUUGCAGCAGUCCUGAGUCGAGAAUCAACAACUGUGAAACCAAAGAAAGAGGCCAUUUUGGAAAAGCUGCAAGACUUGGUAAACAGAAUAGAAAGCAAAAACAUGAUGGUAGCUCAGCUAGAAUCGAAAGUUUGCAAACUGCAUGAACAACUGCAGAAUCAGGCUGAUCUCCACCAGGAAGCAUUGCACAGGGCAAAGAAAGCUGAGCAGCAUCUGGAAGAUCUCAGAGGUCGCCUCAAAUUAGCCGAAGGGGAGCUGGUAUCAGGGGAUGUUAUGAGGGACACUCUAAGUUCUGACAAGCAGAAGUACAUGAAGUUCUUGGAGCUACUGUCUGAUAAGAUGAAGGUAGAAAGAGUAAUGGCUGACGUGGGUUUUGACAUGCGUCUUGAUGCAAUUCUUGCCCGAGCUAAUCAGCUAGUUAAGUUGGAAUCGGACACUGUCAUUGAGAACAAGACUCUGGCUCAUGGUUUGCAGAGGAAGUUAAAAGCUCAGAAGGAACAAAUCGACAGCAAAGAAAUUCAUAUGGAACUUUUGAGGAAAAAGAUUGCCCAGUUGGAGGAAGAGAAACAAGUACGAACAGCUCUUGCUGUGGAGAGAGAUGAGGCAAACAUGACAGUCAGGCGACUACAAAAGAAGGUGGAGAGACUACAGAAGGAGCUGAAUACAGCUCUGGGAUCCAAUACUGAACUUAAAGCACGAUUGUCUGACACUAACGAGCUAAAGAUUAAAACACUUGAGCAACAUAAAACCAUAGAAGAGCUGAGCAAAUCUUUGGAUCACAUAGAAAAACUUAAAGGCAAGACUCAGAAGAAGUUGAUCUCUCUUAAAUCAGAACUAGAUUUCACCGAGCAAGAGGCUAAAGAAGAAAAGGAGAGAGCUGGAAAUAUGUUUGAGGUUGUCACCAGUGAACUGAAAACCCUUAAGAAAACAUUAGAAGAGGUUUCUAAGAGAGAAAAGCAGCUGGUAGACUUCCGCGAAGUGGUGUCUCGCAUGCUUGGCUUGAAUGUCAACGUCCUUGCACUUCCAGACUAUGAAAUAAUAAAACGGCUUGAAGGACUGAUCCACACCCACCGCCACCAUGUAGUCUCAUGUGCCUAAACACUUAAAGGUGUAAAAGGAUUAAGAAUUAUAAUAUACCAACAGUUGGAAAAGACCGCUACAACUGGCCUAUUCAUUUUCUUAGCAAUGUUAUGUGCCAUUUGUGUAGAAUUUGUUUUUUAAAUAAUUUUCUUUUAAUUGAGCCAAAUUACUAGAAUAUUGUUACUUUAUAUUAAAAAUCAUAAUGCAGUAUAAUAAAGUGCCUUAUUUUCACUGCUUUCCACAAAACAGCAUUCUUAAACUGUUCUAUUAAAGCUACCAAGGCUUCGGUUGGCCCGAAGACAUAGGGGAAGUUUCUUACGAAUAGUUUCCUGUUUAUUUAUUUCCUGUUUUCCUGACUUA